GAGGAGUCCAUGAAGGCACCAUUGUUGUCUAGCAACAACGUUUAGUUUCUACGCUGGCUCUCGCGUAAACUUAGCAAACUUUCUGAGACACAAUGCCCAAAAAGAAGGCUAAAAAAGGCGGUGACAAACAAGAUGAAGACAGGAAAACAUCGAAAAACGAGAGGCCUACAAAUAAAAUCGGUCCAGACAAGAAAGAAAAGGAUGUCUACCUGAUUCAAAUACGGUAUUUGGAGGAGCAGUUGGAGAGAUAUAAGCUGAAGAAUGAUGAACUGGAGAGGCAGAAGAAGGUCUUAAACACUCAGUACCACACACUGGAGGAGGAGGAGAAGGACACUGUUGAGUAUCUGAAACGCUCCCUUUUGGAGAAAGAGGAUGAGGCGGAUAAGCUGACAGAGUGCCUGGAGAGUCAACGGCAGGCUGCCGAUAAGGACAGAGAUGCCCUGCAGCUGCAGCACAGCCAGCUCAAAGAGCUUCAAGGUCGGCUCAAAGAACUUACAGAGGAGAAGGCAGCACUUGUGGAGGAGUUUCAGCAGCAGAAGGAACAGCUGAUGUCCAACAUGGCCAGAGAGGAGCAGCAACAUAAAGUUGCCAUCCACAAACUGGAGAUGAAAGCACUGCAGGAAAACAGGAGGCUGGAGGAGGAGAUUGACAGCCGCAUGGCAGCACAGGUGAAGCACUUGGUGGACCAGCAGGUUUCAGAGACGAUCAGAUUGGUCCUUCAGAGCAACACAAAGGCGAAGGCUGCCAUUAGCCAGCUGUCAGAACAGGUACAGGCCCUAAAGAAGGAGAACUCGGCCCUGAUGGAGGAGAACUCAGUCCUGAUGGAGGAGAACUCGCCCCUGCAGCAGGAUAAGAUUAAGCUCAGCAUGGAGGUGGACAUCCUGGAACAAACAGUCAGGGAGAUAUCCCGUCAGAGCUGCAUCCACAAGAAGGUGGCGGAGCAGCUGACAGAGAAGUGUCAGCAGCUCCAGGCAGAGGAGAAAGACUGCAAGCAGGAACUUGAGCAGCUCCAGGCCAAACACAAAGCCACCCUGGCUGAGAUGGAAGCACUCAGGUGUGACCAGGCCUCGCUGUCUGAGCAGAGCAGUGCCAGCAGAGCUGAGGUGAGUCGACUGGAGGCAAAGCUAGAGGAGGAGAGGAGUAGGAGCAGCAGGAUGAAGAGCAUCAUGCAGGAAGCAGCUACCACUCUCAGACAAGCCAUGAUGGAGCUGAUCACCAAGCAGGAGUCAGAGGUGGACUCUGUCGUCCAGUGGAAGGAGCUGAUGCAGAAGCUGCUGGUGGUCUUGGAUAGACAAUGCACCAGCUUCACUGCUGAGAAGGAGCAGCUGAAUGAGCUGCAGACCUCUGACCUUGCAGCAAUCCAAGCUGCGACUCUGGAUCCAGCUUCAAGUUUCCACUUCCAUCUGGCCCGCUACAAGUUAGGUGAUCUCGGCCUCGUUCCCCCUCCCGCACUGAAACACAAACACGCACUCCCCCGGAUGAGACCUGGGGCCAGCAGCACCACCAUGCCUCUGCACAGGAAACCUGGUCAGAAGACAGCGAGCAGCUCCAUUAUCGUGCCUGAUUCAGCCGUCGGCUUCUUGACCUCCAAACACUUAGUCACCAAACGGAAAUGACCUUUAACAAAACUACUUUUUUUAAAAAGUGUAAAAGGUUUUUAAUGUUGAAACCGCUCUAUUUACCCACUGUUUUUUGCCAAGUGUUCCACACACAUCUUGUGCUAUAAAAGACUUGAAAAGUGUUGAU